CUCUCUAGUGACUCUGAACCCCAGUUUUGAAACCCUAAUUUAUCAGUGAUAGAUCGAAGCCAUGGAGAAACCCCAGAAGCGCAAACGAGACGAUACUCCUCCUCCUCUAGACGCCGGCGACGCCACCGUCGAGAAUGGCGUCGACCUUUCCCUCCUCGAGGCCAUCGAGAAGUCCGCCCAGAACGGCGGCACCGUCGCCGUCCUCGACCUCCGAGGCCUCAAGAAACUCGUCCUCUCCUUCGAGCGCCGCCUCCGAGACAACCUUGAAGCCCGCGUCAUGCACCCUGACCAGCCCGAUCGCUUCGCAGACUCCGAGGUUGAGCUUCACGAAGAACUCGACCGCCUCAAGGCCCUUGCCGGCGCCCCGGAGCUAUACGCUGAUUUUGUCGCCCUCAACGUCGUCCCCUCCAUUGUCGGUCUCCUUGGCCACGAGAACUCCGACAUCGCCUCUGAUGUCGUCAACCUCCUCACUGACCUCACUGACGCCGACGUUCUUGAGGAUAACGAUGAGCCCGCCGCUGCCCUUAUCGACUCUUUGCUCACCAACAACGUGCUUGAGCUUCUCGUCCAAAACAUUGGCCGCCUUUCCGAGGCGGACCCUGAUGAAGCCGCCGCUAUCUACAACACUCUCGCCAUCAUUGAGAACAUGAUCGAGGUCAAGCCUGCGGUUGCCGAGAUGGUCUGCGAGCGCACCAAAUUGCUCCGCUGGCUGCUGGGGAGGAUCAAGGUCCGGGAGUUCGAUGGCAACAAGCAGUAUGCUUCUGAGAUUCUCGCAAUCCUACUGCAGAACAGCCCCGCUAAUCAGAAGAGAUUAGGGCAAAUGAAUGGUGUUGAUGCAGUGCUCCAGGCCGUGGCUAUGUACAAGUCUAAGGAUCCGAAGAGCUCGGAUGAGGAGGAGAUGCUUGAGAAUUUGUUUGAUUGUUUAUGUUGUUUGUUGAUGCCAGUGGAGAACAAGGAAAGGUUCAUGAAGUCGGAGGGGGUGGAGCUGAUGAUCAUUAUAAUGAAGCAGAAGAAGUCUGCUUAUGGGUCUGCUAUCCGAGCUCUUGAUUUUGCAAUGACCAAGUAUCCUCCCGCUUGUGAACGGUUUGUGGAUGUGUUAGGCCUCAAGACGGCAUUUGCGGCUUUCAUGGGUAAGAUUCCUAUGAGCAAGAAAAAUAAAAAAGAGCGGUAUCAAGAAGAGCUAGAAGAGCGUAUUAUCUCCCUCAUUGCAUCAUUAUUUGGUGGAAUCGUGAGGGGUUCAAGAAGAGACAGGUUGUUAAGCAAGUUUGUAGAGAAUGAAUGUGAGAAGAUUGACCGUCUUAUGGAACUCUAUAUGAGAUAUUCUGAUAGAGUUAAAGUUGAGUCUGAAAGAAUGGAUGAACUUGAAUUGGAUGACUUAGAGAUGGAUGAAGAAGAGCGCUACAACCGGAGACUGGAAGCUGGUCUAUACACUCUUCAGUUGAUUGCAGUUAUUUUGGGACAUCUUUGGUCAUCCGAGCACCCCCAGAUGCAAUCUAGAAUCGAACUACUUCUUAGACAACAAAGAUUGAGUAAGAAGGAUGUGAAAGAUAUACUUGUGGAGUAUCAUGACAAUAUCGGAGAUCUGGAAGGACCUGAAGAGAAGGAUCGCGCACAAGCUAAAGUUCAAAAAUUCAUUACAGCCUUCGGAACCUAAAGCCCCCCAUGGAACAAUUAAAGAGAAUUGCAGUUAAGGAACCAAGGCAGAUGGAUGUUGCUGCAAUGAGUUGAACUCACAUGACAAGUUCAUCUCAACUCUUGGGAAGCAGAUGGAUUUGCCAUCUAAAAUAUGCUGGAACUUGUGGGAACACAAUUUUUCAGACAUCUCUCUUUUGUUAUCCUUUUCCCAACACUUCCUCUUUUCAUUUUGAUUGUAGGUGUUAUUUUCUGUGGUCAAGAAGCUGCCAAGGUGAUUGCACAUUAAAGAGAUCACUAAAAUGUCUGGAAGAAUGAGCAUUACUUUCUUUAGAAGAGAGACUUGUCGAAUGAGAUGAUGCUUAUCUAUGUGAAAAAUUAGCAUUGUAAAAAUUAAGUUCGUGGAAAUGACCAUGCUCAUUAGAUUGUGUGUUGAAUUUGUUGAUAAUUUUCAAUUAGUAUCUGAGUUGUACCAGCCUGCCCAAGGUAGUUCAAUUUUUGCCUCAUGAUAUUUGUGGUCUAUAGUAAUUGUUUUGUUUCUUUUCUGGAGUGAGUUGUGCUAAUAUACGGAUGGUUCCAGCACUUAUGUGUGUGGGUCUUAUUUUA